CUUCCCUUUGGAUAACACCACACAACCGUCAUAUGGUCAAGAAGUAUGGCAGACCUUCAGGAAUUUGAGAAGGUUUUGAAGGAUGUCGUCAAUGCGAAGCGGUUAUCAGCCUCAAGGAUCAACACAUUGACGGAGUUGUGCCUGAAGUUAAUCGAGAAUGAUGUUCAGCUUGUGUCUCUCCUGUAUCGGACGCACAAGAGCCUUCCAUCUAGUCAGAAAGUUUUCAGCUUGUACGCAUUCGAUGCCCUCGCGCGUGCUGCUCGCCAUGCUGUGGUGAAAAACAAAAUUACCGUGGAUCCCAUGGGUACGAAAGGGAAUUGUGCUACCUUCCUCAACAAAGUGGAAGGAGUGUUGGAUAGCCUUAUCAGCGACAUGCUCAGUUCGGGUGGGAAGGAACAGAGGGAAAAGACGAAGAAGAUCGUUGACAUUUGGACAUCGAAUAACACAUUCUCAAAAGAGGUCUUAAUCGGGCUGUCCGCCAAAGUCAAAGCGGCAGAAGACAAAGCCACAGCCCGUGCAAGCAUCGUUCCUCAGAGCACGACUCCGCCGGGUGCACCAGUAGCAAAUGCUGCCCAAGCAGCUGGUGUGCAACAAGCACUCUUGGCACUCCUUAGUCAAGCAGCAGCAGCCAAGAGUUCAACACCACCAGCAACCACUUCGGCUGUAGUUCCUCCACCCGCAGCACCUACCCCAGGACUUGUUAUAGAUGCCCAACGUCUUCUUCAACAAUUAGCUGGACAGGUUCAAAAUCAAACACAGCUUGUCAUGCCUACGGUUCCUGCUGUUAUGCCUUCUGCUGUACCUGCAGCGCCCUCUCCGCCUCCCAAGCCUUUGCCAAUUUAUGCACCUAAUCUACCUCCCCCACCCGACCAAAUGGCGGCGCAGCGUGCGCUAGCUGUCCCUCAGAUGUCCCUUACCACGGAUAACAGCCGAUUUGAUAGUCGUCCUGGUGGUUCCCGACCGCCUCAGUGGGGUGAUGCGCGUGAGAGAUCACCGCCACCUAGAGACGAAAGGGACAACGGUCGCCGGGAUGAUUAUGGGGAAGACAAUAGAGGUCGCGGCCGCGGUAGGGGCAGGGGAUCUGAUAGAAAUGGCUGGGAUAGACGUGGUGGACGCGGGCGAGAUCGCUCGCCGCCUUAUGGUGGUCGAGAAAGGUCUCGCAGUCCGCCUUACCGAGGUCCUGUUAACAAUCGGUUUGAUGACCGUCGUCCUCCACCGGUGAACGAUGGACGUAUUCCCCGGAGGGACAGUCCCGUACGAAAUCGUUCACCCCCACAUUACCGCUCACCGCCGCCCCGCGACACUGGCUUGAUGGCGCAGUCAAUGGCACGCAAGGACGAGUUUGGACGUGACACACGACCUGGUGAUGACAGGACAUUGAACAAUGCUUCCGAGGGAGCACAACUACCGCGGAGCGAAUUCAAUCCCGUCGGUUCGAAGAUCACUUCAACUUCUUCACCACCUUCUUCCUCAUCAGUUGCCCCCAUCCCUACCGUUCUUGAUGUUCCCAACCGGAUUGGUCUCGAUAAAUUCGAUUGGUCGACGUUCAAUUUCGGUUCACCAGAGUCGUGGGACGCACUUGGCAAGGCAUUCCAAGUCACGAAUGGUCACUUACCAUCCCAAGAAGAAGUUAUGACCAUCGUCAUGCAAAGCCAAAUGGGUGGAAUGAUGGGGAAUAUGAUGGGGAUGCAGACCGGAGGAGCAACAGGACCUGGAAACGACGAGUUCAGUAAUACGGCCACCAAUGGCCAGAGCUGGCAAAAUGGUGACAACGAAGGCUAUCGAGGCGGAGGACGAGGUGGUCGUGGUAGAGGCCGUGGUAGAGGGGGACGUGGUGGGUACGGAUAUGGACGUGGAGGCGGAAGCGGCGAUAACGCUGAGUACGGUGGCUAUCAAGGACACCAAGCGUCUUUCGAUUCCAACUACGGUGGCGGUUGGGGAAAUGGGGCACAGAAGUGGAAUAACGGUGAUCAGGCUUGGGCGGGAGACGACGAAUCCAAUGGCUACGUCAUCCAACCGUCGGCCCCCGUUACCGUGUCGAACCAGACUGAUGAGGACACAUCUCCGUUGAUGAAAAAGCAGGGCGGGCAGAUGGUCAAGAUCGGCGAUCGCUGGCAAUGGGUCCCCGGGAGCUAGCAGUCGGAAAGGUUUUAAUGUGAGAUUCCAUGACUAGCAGAUCUAUUAGUAUCGAGGCAGAUUCAGAUGUAAUUCAUACGACUUCAAA